UCUUUUCCGCUUUUGUUGCCGUUCUUAAUGUGGUUGAAUACUUUUUUAAAAAAAUUUCUGAGUCUGACUCCGAAAUAUUGCACCUUGCUCAUAUAACAGCAAAUCAGAGAACUUCAAAUAAAUGGAUUAAUGGCCAAGAUUAUUAUAGAUUAGAUGGAAAAACUCCUAAGAAUGUACGACAUGAAAUGAUAAAACGAUUUAAUAGUGAAUCGAAUGGACGUGCUCGAGUUUUCCUAAUAUCAUCCAGAGCUGGUGGUCAAGGCAUCAAUUUAAUCGGCGCAAACAGAGUGAUUAUUCUCGACACUUCCUGGAAUCCGUCUAACGAUCAACAAAAUAUUUUUCGAAUAUUCCGACUGGGUCAAAAUAAAAAUUGUUAUAUUUAUCGCCUGAUUGCAAUGGGCACUAUGGAGGAAAAGGUUUACUCUCGAUCCGUUACAAAACAAGCAAUGAGUUUCAGAGUAGUAGAUGAACAGCAAAUAGACAGACAUUAUAAUAUGGCCGAGCUGGCAGAACUUUACACACUCACGACUCCGAAAAACUGUGAAAGAACAAUGCCUGUGCUCCCAAAGGAUACAAUUUUAGCCGAUUUAUUACGCCAAUCUGACUUAGUAUAUAAAUACCACGAACAUGACAGUCUUUUAGAAAAUAAAGUUGAGCAAGAAUUAAGUGAACAAGAAAAAGCGGAUGCAUGGGACACCUAUGAAAAGGACUUGCAAAUAAACUUUGCACAAAACGAAGAAUUGGGUUCAGAAAAGGCUCAACAUAAUAUUCUAGUUCCACGAUCGACAACGAAUUUUGGUUCCACUGCAAAUCUAGAUGGAGGCAGAAGGAAUGAAAGGACACAACAACAAUCUGAUUAGAAUCAUCACUUUCUUGAUUAUAAUAAUAACAACAACUAAAAUGGCAAUGGGACAAAACAUUGAAAUAAAUCUAAUUAAAUCUCAGAAUGGAUACAUUGUAUUUAAAACCGGAUCCAUAGAUAUUCCAACGAAUUUCGAAUAGCACUAUUUAAGUAUUAAUAUAACUAAAACAGAGCAACUAUUUGAAAAACUUUUAAAAGAAGCAAAUGAAUUUAAUGAUAUUAUUAUCCACAAGCUGUUAAUAUACUAAAACCCAUAAAAAUUUCCAAAUUAAUAAUAUUGAACCAAAUAUUUUAUUGAGAUGGAAUAUCCCUAAAACAUUUUUAAAUCACAAUUGUAUUAAUAAAGAAAUUUCUAUAGUUGGUAAUAAUUUUAUUAAAAUACUUAAUUGUUGAGUGCAGCUAUAUGAAUUCAUACUUUCAAAUACCAUGUUAGAAUACACACAAAACAUUUACAUAAAUAAUAAUGUAACCAAAUUAGAACCCUUGUCAUAUAUUAAGACAAAAGAAAUUAUAGAAGCACGCACAAAAUAUUAUAAUGUAUUCCAAAUAAUAACCACAACUACAUUUGUAAUUACAAUCAUAAGCAUAUUAUUAUACCUAUUCUAUAAGCUUAAAAACUAAUUGUAAAAUAUUUAAAAGCAAAGGAAGAAACACGAAAAAGCCAAGAAAAUGUAAACGAUCAACCUACGAGAAACUUAGAAGAUAAUAUAAUAAUAAUAUUUUGUUAUAUCCAAAUUUAUUGACCUGAGGACAGGUCACCACAAACCUCUAUGUACAUGUCUACACACCCACAUAUAC